UAUGAGCACCAACACUUCUUCACUACACUAAUAUCUCUGUGUACGUCCCUCGGAAUUUACAGAGAGUGUGAAAUGGCUGCAUCAGUUGUCGAAGUUAAUGUAAACUGCAACGAUGAAAUUGUCCGACCAGUUGCCAACUUCUCUCCCAGCUUAUGGGGCGAUCAAUUCAUCAAAUACACUUCGGACACUCAGGUGAAAGAAGAAUAUUCAAAAGCUAUCGAAGUGUUGAAGAAUGAAGUGAGGAGUAUGCUGACGGCUGCAGGCAGUGAAAUGGUGGAGUCCAUGAAUCUGAUUGACACAAUUGAGCGUCUGGGAAUUUCUUACCACUUUGAAAGCGAGAUCGAAGACAAGUUGGAACGUUUCUUCAGUCUCAAUACGAAUUAUGAGGAUGAAGCCUAUGAUUUGUACACUGUUUCACUUCAUUUUCGAUUAUUCAGGCAGCACGGACAUCGUAUAUCUUCCGAGAUUUUGAGCAAAUUCAAGGAUGAUAAUGGAAAAUUCCAAGAGGCCCUUAAGAGUGAUGCAAGGGGUUUGCUGAGCUUGUAUGAAGCAGCACACCUGAGGAUACAUGGGGAAGACAUCCUUGAAGAAGGUCUUGCUUUUGCAACAGCCAAUCUCAAGUCCAUGGCACCAAAUCUUGGCUCACCCCUUAGACAACAAGUUGUGCAUGCUCUAGUGCAACCUUUGCAUUCGGGCAAUCCAAGAAUCGAAGCACGUAAUUUCAUCUCCAGCUAUGAAGAACACGAAUCAAAAAAUGAAACCCUUCUUAGGUUUGCCAAAUUGGAUUACAAUUUACUGCAGAUGCUUCACAAAGAAGAGCUUCAUGAAAUCUCAAGGUGGUGGAAAGAAUUGGACCUCGUGGCUAAGCUUCCGUACGCUAGAGAUAGAGCGGUUGAGUGCUUCUUUUGGGCUAUGGGAGUCUACCAUGAACCUCAAUAUUCUCGAGCUCGAAUUAUGCUUACUAAAACUAUUGUUAUGACUUCCAUAAUUGAUGAUACCUAUGAUGCUUAUGGUACGAUCGAAGAACUGAAUGCUUUCACAGAGGCUUUUGAGAGGUGGGAUAUAAGCGAGAUUGAUCGACUCCCGAAUUACAUAAAACCAUUCUACAGAGCCCUUUUGGAGCUCUAUGAACAUUUUGAAGAAGAAUUAGCACAAGAAGGAAGAUCCUACGCCGUAUACUAUGCAAAAGAAGCUCUUAAAGAAUUGGUGAGGAGCUACCAUGUUGAGGCCAAAUGGUUUAUUGAGGGAUACUUGCCACCAUUUACUGAGUACCUCAACAAUGCUCUCAUCACCUGCACUUACUGUUACCAUACAACGACGUCGUUGCUGGGAACUGAAUCUGCAAAAAGGGAAGAAUUCGAAUGGCUAAGACAGAAACCUAAGAUGCUUGUAGCCGGCCUAACAAUUUGUCGAGUCAUUGAUGACAUAGCUACUUAUGAGGUUGAGAAGGAAAGAGGCCAAAUUGCAACUGGCAUCGAAUGCUACAUGAAGGAAAAUAGGGUUACAAAGGAAGAGGCUGUGAAUAAGUUGUUUGAAAUGGCUACAAAUGCAUGGAAGGAUAUCAAUGAGGGGUGCCUUAGGCCAUCUUCCUACUCGAGGGAUGUUCUAAUCCGAAUUCUGAAUCUUGAACGCAUUAUAGAUGUCACUUACAAGAACAACGAAGAUGGAUACACUCGACCCGAAAAAGUUUUGAAGCCCCACAUUGUCGCCUUGUUCGUCAAUCCCAUCGAGAUUUAAGUCAUUUCCAAUCCACAUCACGGAAUCUUGAACAAUAUUGUUCAUGUUUUUCUUGCAUGAAAAAUUGAAAUUUCUACACUGUACGCCGUUUAUUAUGUCAUACCAUAAUGUAAUAAAGUCAUAAUAUCAAUAUUAUGAGAUUGCAUACCAUUUCAA